CGUCAGCUGCCCGGUCGGCGGGUCAGUCCGCAGGUUCGGGUCGUUCUGGUGCCGUUGGGACCGGCGUGCUGCCAGGGGUUCGUCCCGCUCUUACGCUCGCUGGGAACCGAGCACCGUAGUCUCUGAAAAAUGAACUCCAGUAUGAAGCAGAAACAGGAAGAAGCCCAAGAGAAUGUGAAGAAUAGUCCUGUUCCAAGGAGAACGCUGAAGAUGAUUCAGCCUUCUGCAGAUGGAUCUCUUGUUGGCAGAGAAAAUGAGUUGCCAAAAGGCUUGUCCAAAAGGAAGCACUGGAAUGACCAGUUAACAUCUAAGACUUCGAGCCUGGGUCCAGAGGCUAGUGAAAAUAAAGAUGUUGGAGAUGUCACCCAGGAAGCAUUUGAUCUUAUGAUUAAAGAGAACCCAUCUUCUCAGUAUUGGAAAGAAGUGGCAGAAAAGCGGAGGAGAGCUCUCUGUGAAGCUCUUAAAGAAAACGAGAAGCUUCAUAAAGAAAUUGAACAAAAGGACAGUGAGAUUGCCCGCCUGAGGAAGGAGAAUAAGGACUUGGCAGAGGUAGCAGAGCAUGUACAGUACAUGGCCGAGGUGAUUGAGAGGCUGAGUAAUGAACCCCUGGAUAGCUUUGAAUCACCAGAGAGUCAGGAAUUUGAUUCCGAAGAGGAGACUGUUGAGGAUUCUGAAGUGGAAGACUCAGAGACUGGCACGUGUGCUGAAGAGAUUGUGUCCUCCUCCACGGACGCCAAACCGUGUACAUGAAGUGUCGGGUGCACUGCCAGCUUUGCCAUUUGGUGUAGCUCUUGGGAAAUGAACUACAAUAUGCGGGUGCUGCAGUCCAGGUUGGAGUCUGGGGCUAGCACCACAUUCAAAUACAGACAGUAUGUAUUUUAAUCUGUUUGAUGUAAAUAUCAUUUUCAGUUUCUCAGUGUCAGAUGUGACUUGUGUAUAUUAAAUAAACUUCAGUUUCCUGUUGAA